AUGCCUCCCAGAAAGAAGGCUCCUGCUGCAGGGCCUGUAGAGGUUGCAGCAGCUUCAAGUUCGCAACCCGAGAAACCUACUGCCGAUCCAGCACAAGGCGCUGCCCCGGCGGAUGCAAGCACAGCUACAGACAAUCCGAAGCGCAAACGAACCAGAACGACAAAGCCGGCCCCAAAGGUGGAACCAGAGCCGCCCAUAGGAGAUGAUACGUUUUCCGCCUUGCUCGAGCCGUUUUAUGGAGGGAAGAGCAUGACCGAUCCGAUCAACACGGCCAAGGACAAGUGGAAUCUACUACCCGCUUUCUUGAAGGUGAAGGGCCUGGUCAAGCAGCAUAUCGACUCAUUCAACUUCUUCGUCGACAACGAAAUACAGCAGAUAGUAAGGGCGAAUAAGCGGGUGACCAGCGAUGUGGAUAACAAGUUCUGGCUCGAGUACACCGGCAUCCACGUUGGGGCUCCCGAGCGCCUCGAUUAUGACGACCGCAAGCCCCAGAAUGAAAUCACCCCCAACGAAUGUCGCCUGCGGGACAUGACCUACGCGGCGCCGAUUCGGGUCAGCAUCAAAUACACUCGGGGGAAGUCUGUUAUUGCGAGGAAAAAUAUUGCCAUUGGAAGGAUGCCGAUAAUGCUGCGGAGUUCCAAAUGUCGCCUGGCUGGGAAGAAUGAUCGUCAGAUGGCUCACAUGAACGAGUGUGCGCUGGACCCAGGUGGCUAUUUCAUUGUAAACGGAACAGAGAAGGUCAUUCUUGUGCAAGAGCAGUUGAGCAAGAACAGAGUCAUUGUCGAGGCCGAUCCCAAGAAGGGCAUUGUCUCUGCAUCAGUGACGAGUUCCACCCACGAGAGAAAAUCCAAGAGUUACGUCCUCAUGAAAAAGGAGCGAAUCGUUCUACAACACAACAUCCUCCAAGAGCCCAUACCCAUUGUCAUUGUACUCAAGGCCAUGGGUAUUCAAUCGGACCAUGAAAUGCUCAUGCUGGUCGCGGGUGCGGACAGCGCGUAUCAAGACGAAUUCGCCGUUAACUUUGAAGAGGCUGCAAAGCUCAACAUCUUCUCCCAGCACCAGGCCCUGGAAUUUAUCGGAACGCGAGUCAAGAUGGGCGGAAGGAACAGAGGCCCGGGCGGACACCAACGUCGGAAUUAUAUUGGGGAUGGACUUGAAGCCCUUGCCAACAUCGUUAUCACGCAUGUCCCGGUCAUUGGCCUCGAUUUCCGCCCCAAGGCGCUAUACGUUUGUUUUAUGGUUCGCCGCGUCCUGAUGGCAAUGCAUGACCCAAAACUUGUGGAUGACAGGGAUUACGUUGGCAAUAAAAGACUGGAGCUUGCCGGGCAGCUUUUGUCGCUACUCUUUGAAGAUUUAUUCAAGAAAUUCAACCAUGACUUGAAAAUGAACAUUGACAAGGUUCUCAAGAAGCCAAAUCGGACAAUGGAAUUCGAUGCAUAUAACCACAUGCAAUCGCACGGAAAUUAUAUUACCCUUGGUAUGAACCGAGCUAUCUCGACUGGUAAUUGGAGCGUCAAGCGGUUCAAGAUGGAGCGGGCCGGAGUAACACAUGUUCUAAGCAGACUGAGUUAUAUCAGUGCUCUUGGGAUGAUGACUCGAAUCAGCAGUCAGUUUGAGAAGACUAGGAAAGUCAGUGGUCCUCGAGCUCUGCAGCCUUCACAAUUCGGCAUGCUUUGCCCGUCCGAUACCCCAGAAGGUGAAGCAUGUGGUCUCGUCAAGAAUUUGGCGCUUAUGACGCACAUCACAACGAAUGAUGAGGAAGAGCCCAUCAGGAAGCUAGUCUUCGUUCUUGGUGCAGAAGACAUCGUCUCUAUGAGCGGCCAGGAGAUUUACGCGGAGGGUGCAUAUGUAGUCUUCGUCAAUGGUACUCCCCUUGCCCUUACGAAGCAACCCAAACAGUUUUUGAACUCUUUCCGAACGUUUCGACGCAUGGGUCGCGUUUCGGCGUUUGUUAGCAUCUACAUCAAUCACCACACAAAUGCCGUCCACAUAGCGACCGAUGAAGGCCGAAUUUGUCGGCCGCUGAUCGUGGUCGAAAACGGCAAGUCCAAGGUCACUAAACGCUCUCUCGAGGCUUUACGGAAAUGGAAGAUAGAUUUCGACGGCUUCCUUCAUCGAGGGCUCUUGGAGUAUGUGGAUGUCAACGAAGAAAACGAUUCCAAUAUCGCGCUUUACGAGAACGAAAUCGAGGAGUCUACAACCCAUCUUGAAAUCGAACCCUUUACUAUCUUGGGCGCUGUGGCGGGCCUCAUCCCAUAUCCGCAUCACAACCAGUCUCCUAGAAAUACCUACCAGUGUGCUAUGGGUAAGCAAGCCAUUGGAGCCAUUGCAUACAAUCAGUUCUCACGAAUCGACACCUUGCUCUACCUUAUGGUCUACCCUCAACAGCCUAUGGUAAAGAGUCGGACCAUAGAGCUGAUUCAUUACGACAAGCUUCCUGCUGGCCAAAAUGCCACCGUCGCUGUCAUGUCAUACUCUGGAUACGAUAUUGAGGAUGCUUUAGUGUUGAAUAAAGCAUCCUGUGACAGAGGCUUUGGCAGAUGCCAGGUCUUCCGCAAGUACUCGACACGGCUACAAAAAUACCCCAACAGAUCUGCAGAUCGCAUCGGAGAUCGAGUGAUGGACGAAAAAGACCCAAGCAAGCCAAUUAAGAAACAUGCCAUCUUGGGAUCGGAUGGUUUGGCAAUGGUCGGGGAGCAAGUCAACAUGGGCGAAGUCUAUCUCAACAAAGAGGUACCACUCAACACGACAUCGACAGGAAUUGGUUCAGACUACGGCACAAACGAGCACAAGCCCGCGCCCAUGACAUAUCGCCUCCCUGAUCAUAGCUACAUCGACAAGAUCAUGCUCUCGCAGACCGAAAACGAAAGUAUGGUGGUCAAGGUACAAACCCGACAGACACGUCGUCCUGAGCUCGGCGACAAAUUCUCCUCUCGCCACGGACAGAAGGGUGUCGUGGGCAUCAUCGUCAACCAAGAAGACAUGCCCUUCUCAGACUCGGGCAUAAACCCCGACAUAAUCAUGAACCCCCACGGUUUCCCAUCCCGCAUGACAGUAGGAAAGAUGCUCGAAACCCUAUCUGGCAAAGCUGGCGUCCUCAACGGGACACUGGAAUACGGAACGGCGUUCGGGGGCAGCAACGUCGACGACAUGGGCCAGAUCCUCAUUGACCACGGAUUCAGCUAUUCAGGCAAGGACUACCUCACAAACGGAAUCACCGGCGAAGCCUUACCGGCAUACGUCUUCUUCGGCCCCAUCUAUUACCAGAAGCUCAAGCACAUGGUGCAAGACAAAAUGCACUCCCGCUCCCGCGGCCCACGCGCAAUCCUCACCCGCCAGCCGACCGAAGGUCGAUCCCGCGACGGUGGUCUACGUCUAGGAGAGAUGGAGCGGGAUUGCCUGAUCGCGUACGGCGCGAGUCAACUUCUGCUCGAGCGACUAAUGCUGAGCAGCGACGCUCACGAAGUCGAUAUCUGCGAGGUCUGCGGUAUGAUGGGGUAUCAGGGCUGGUGUCAGACAUGUCAGAGCACAAGAGGCGUGACGAGGAUGACGAUGCCGUAUGCGGCGAAAUUGCUGGUGCAGGAGUUGCUGAGUAUGAAUGUGCUGGUUAGGUUGAAGCUGGAGGAUGAGUUUCCGCACCCUAGAUAG